AUGCCCCAAGCCACGCGACCUGAGCGUUCGAACGCCACUGGCGGGCAGACACAGGUUCAGCCAUCCUGGCGGCAGAUGCUUAUCCAGCAGCCACCCUUCGCCAACAUGUUCGCUUGCAAUAGCACCGGCUGGGCAAGGAUUGCAGCUGAUACGACGGUUGCGGCUAUAUUCGAAAAGGCUGAUGGAGUUCAAUCGGCUUCGGGUAUUGGUGGUUCAGGAAUACGUAUUCUGGUGCGGGGUGAUGGUACCAAUUCGAGCAAAUUUUGGGAGAUAGUAGAGCUGGAGGCCGCGCAGAAGCAGGAGGAAGAGGACGAGGGACAGGAGGAGGAGGUUAGCGAGACAUCCAAGGCCGAGAGGAGAGAUUCGAGUAAGCCGAGCAAGCAAAGCCAGUUGAGGAAGUCAAGAAAGUCGAGGAAGUCGAAGAAGUCGAAGAGAUGA